UCGCGGCUAGUGUACGUCAGCGUACUGACGAGAACGGCCGUACAGCGCCAGCCCGCGCCGCGUUCACACGGAUCGGAUUAAAAAAAAACAUUUCGCGCGUCUUUUGACAGAUAUAUUAACAAACUUUUUGGUGCGUCCCGAUUUGACUUUACACAGAGGAGUGAUAUCUUAGGAGAUUAUUGCAGUGUUACGAGAGGUCCGGAUCGACCUGUACAAUAUUAUAAAGUGAUGAAUCAGAGAACGCCGGGUAAUUAACGUCGUCAGUGUUACGAAAACAUAUCACAACACCAACAUCUUACGAGUCAGUUAUUUCGUGGCGCGGUCCCGGCAGGCGGCAAGCUGUUUUACCCCUACCUGAAAACGUCCUCCCUACAAAGGGACUUUCUAUUUGCCAGUGGCUCCGGUGACCAGCGAUGGGAUAAGAACGAGUCGGGAUGCGAGGCUGACAUGCAGGAGGGGGACGCGGGCCGACACUCGCCGCCCCGACAGCGAGAGCCCAUCAACUUGAAGAAUGAGCAAGCGGAGUCAGACCGUGAGAGCGGCGCUAGUUCGCCGGAGGGUGCGCGGGCGCACGCCGACCAGCGCUCGCCGUCGCCGCGCUCGCGAACGCCGCACCAGCACAUGAAUGGCUCCAUGGCAUCGAUGUUCCAAAAUCUGCAAAAUUUGGCGAACAUGCAACAGAGCAUGCCGCUGUCGCAGCAACAAAUGUCGCAACAAAUGUCACAACAAAUGUCGCAGCUGGCUGCCAACCUGCAGGGUCUCACCUCAAUGCCAUCCAACCCCGUCAUCAACUCGCCUCUCAACCUGAGUGUCAGUGCCCCAGGCAUGGGAUCUCCCACCCCAGUUAACAGCAGUAUGCUGCCGCCGGCUAUGCCAUCCCCUAUGCCGCAGCUCAUCCUGGCCUCUGGACAGCUAGUACAGGGCAUACAGGGUGCACAACUGCUGAUACCUACUUCUCAAGGUAUAGCGACACAAACAAUUCUCACCAUACCCGUAAAUCACGUGAACUCCAACGAUCAAAUGGUAAAUCUCGCUCUGAACAAUGGCCAAGUGGUAUCCACAUCUCUGGCCAAUUUACAAGCGAUGGCCCAACCCCACCAACUACUAAACUCCAACCCGCAACAAACGUCCAACAUUCGGCCGAACAUGCUAAAUCCAACACUAUCGAACGCGCUCCUCAAUCCGGGACUGCCAAACUUUUUAUCCAACGGAGCGACAAAUGCGCAAGAACUGCUGCAAGCAUUACAACAGCCGCAAGGGAAUCACAAUCUCCUACAGACAGUUCAACAAAACAAUAUGCCACAACAAAUGCAAGGCCGAAGAUCGUCCUCCCCACGACCUGACAGACAUUACAAGGAGAGGGAAAGCUUCGAGCGGUUCGCAGGAGGAUCGAGGGAAAGGAACGAGAGAGAAAACUCGGGAGCGGCAGCCCUGAAUAGUAUUAAUAGGCUCGCAGCAUCCAACGGCGAGAUCACCAUAACAACGUCCCAUUCAACAGCGGGUACAACAAGCAGUGCGGGUAGUGUUGGCAGUGCGCCUACAGCAUCACCUCACGCUCCCGUCAAGCUCUCACCAAGCUCUGUCAAGUCACCAGCACAUGACGAGGACCUGUUGGCCGAUUCACCUAAUCAGCCAACUAUAAGUCAGUCGACGGGCAACGUUGUUGAUGGAAUCAAUCUAGAAGACAUCAAGGAGUUCGCAAAGGCAUUCAAAUUACGACGACUAGGCCUAGGGCUGACGCAGACCCAGGUCGGACAAGCGCUUUCCGUCACCGAAGGGCCCGCUUACAGUCAGAGCGCCAUUUGCAGUGCCCUGGCUUCGCAGAUGCUAGCAGCUCAGCUGUCUUCACAGCAACAAAACAUAUUUGAGAAAUUGGAUAUAACUCCAAAAAGUGCGCAGAAAAUCAAACCGGUGCUUGAACGUUGGAUGAAGGAAGCUGAAGAGAGGUCUAUUUUUCACAGGUACGCGUCCGGUCAGAACCAUCUAACGGAUUUCAUAGGCAUGGAGCCGAGCAAGAAACGCAAACGACGGACGUCCUUCACGCCGCAGGCUCUCGAACUACUCAACGCUCACUUCGAACGAAACACGCACCCAUCUGGAACAGAAAUAACCGGUCUGGCUCACCAGCUCGGCUACGAGCGGGAGGUCAUCAGAAUAUGGUUCUGCAACAAACGACAGGCUUUAAAAAACACCGUGCGAAUGAUGUCCAAAGGGAUGGUCUAACAUCAAAGUUUAAUUAUAAACACUAACACCAUUCACGAGCUGCCAACUGAAAAUGAACAUAAGAAUUCUUUAUAACUAAAACAUCGACACAAUCCCUAUCUUGGUGUCGAUAAAAAAAUAUAAUAACUUCAUCGACGUAUUUAACGAACGUCACUAGCUUAGAAAGAGUCGCCAAUAUUAUUGCUACCUCUUUUCCUUAAAAGGACGAAAUAUGUAUAUUUUGUUGACAUGUUGACAUUUGACACCAUGACAUAAUAAUGUCAAAGUUUCGCUGCCAGUAUAUUUUAUAUGAUAUUUAUAACUGUUUAGUAAAUUUAAAACCAAGUUUAUAACUGGCAGUUCGACUGGACUGGUUGCUCCGAUUCUUUGCAAACUGGUUAAACACCGGGCAGCUAACGCAUCAUGAUUUAAAUUUGAGUAACAGAUAUAUAUUAUCCUGCAUUAUAAUUUGCUAGACGUAAAGUUGAACAUUGCUGAAAAUUUAAAAAUAGAAUUCUGGCCUUAUUCGAAUCACGAGACUCCAGCCAAGUUUAGAAAUGUACGAUUUUUUUAUAUUAAAAUUAAAAUGAAAACAUUUCGACUGAUAUAUUUGUCUCGACGUAGCUACUUUUACUAUGUACGGUAGAAAUAUAUAGAUGUUUAGUACAAAAACAUUAAAAAAAAUACGAGUGAUCACGGUUUAAUACUCCUUAUGCCACUAUAUAAUGAUUUAUCAUUAUAGUGACGAGAAUUUUUAACAUUUAAUUUCUAUUAUCGAUAGUUUUGUUACUGUGGCUUGCCCUUAACGCUUAACGUAAUAAUUUAAGAGGCCGUUUUAUUUAAUGAAAUGCAUUUGUAAAUAAGUACAACAUUUUAAAUUUAAACUCAAAAACGAUAAAUGAAUGUAAGUUAUAGAUACAUUAAUUUAUUGAAAUACUCUGAGUUGUUUCUUUCUAUAUAGAGAAUGUUGCACUUUAUAGUUUUAGGAUAACAUAACAGUAUAGGUGUAGUUAACAUGUGUCGUCGAACUUAGUGGCCUACUGAUUUUUUUAAUAUUAUUUUAACUAUAUAUAUAUUUCAUUCUGUUCAUAGAUAGGUUUAUAAACGAUAUGUAUAGAAUAAUUGAAUGCAUCGUCGUGAACUGUAAAUAUUGUUCUAUUAAUUUUAGUUCAUUAAAACGUAUUAUUAGUUUUACGUUAAAUUUAACUGAACUAUAAGUUUAGCUUCGUAAGAAUUUCGUCUAGAUAUUCGAGUUGGAUAUUUGUUGCAAUAUUAAAUGAUUUUUCAAAGUGUUCUCAUUCGUUCCAAGUUCGCAUAUUACGUGUUUGUUCAAAGGCGAUAUAUUGAUAGUUGACAUACAAAUGACAGCAGGUCUUUUUGUUGAUUUGGAAGCCAAUCAAACAUCUGUGCAUAUUAUUUGGGUUGCUACUAAAAAAAAAACUAAUAAAAUUGCCUCGCAUUUGGAAAGUAGAUUUCAAAAUAUUAUACUUAUAGAUUUUCAAAAAAAAAAAAAAUUAUUAUGUAUGUUUUAAGUGUUGUAGGCGCCCGAACAGUAUGCACAUUUAAGAGUGAUGUUUAUAUAUAUGAGUUACUUUAAUACAUCCAAAUUACAAAAAAAGAAAAAAAAACGCCGACAAAAUACAGAAUUACAUUAUGUUACAUUAACAUUAAUUUUCCUACAUUGUAUUAAUAAAAUGAAAUAGUAAAAUGAUAUGUAAAUAGUUGAACAGAAUUCAAACAAGAAGGACCUACUGUGAGCUGUAAGACCGUAUCAUAGUAUUAAGGCUGUAAUUUAACGUAUGUUAAUGACCAAUGAAAACCAACUUGUGAUCAUUAAUAUUUGUACUGUUACCUACUACUUAACAAGAGUCGUUAAAAAAUAAUAUUAUAAAAUUGAACAUAUUUUUCGGCUGUUGAAAAAUUGUAAAUACAAUAUUAAGGAUAAUAAAAAAAAAACUAUUUGGAUUAAUAUUUAGGAACAAAUGGAAAAAAUAUUAUCAAAAUUUAUAUUUUCAAAAAUUAUUACAAUUGCAAAAAAAUGUGUAUUUAAAAAAAAUGGAAUGUUUGGCCAUAAUCAAAAUUUUUAUCGAUGGAUUUUUUAUCGACUAAAGCACACCACUACACAAAACAAGCAGUACGGUAAACAGUGUAUAAAAAUUGUGCGAUGCGAUACUGCGAGUAAUGUAAUUAUAAUGGAGUCAGAUGUUUCGUAUCAAUACUUCAACUUAUAAGAGUGUUAGAACUACCAUAGCAUAAUAAGUAUACAUAUUCUGUGUUUCAAUAGAAUUGGUCCGUUUAUUAAUGUCCGAUAAAUCGAUUGGAAGCAUCAAUUAGUGCCAUGCUUUAUCGAUAAAUUUAUAUAAUACAUACGAAAUGUCUGAUUCCCAUCAAACAUUAGUGUAAUAGAUGGAAGCAUAGAAUGCUAAGUACAAAUAAUAAUUUAACGAUAAACUGCUAGUCCGUUACAUUUAAAAGUAUAUAAAAUUUUAAUUGCACGGCAACCUCGCAUCGCACCCUGGUUUUCAUAAUCCGCAUGUAUUUAUAAUAAUAAUAGUUUAAAAUACAAUUAUUAAAUUCUACUACACAUAACUUCAUCUGUAACACAUAUUCAAACCAAACUGUAACAGUAUCUAAUAGUGUAUUAAUUUUUCUUCCUGUAAUGGUACCGAAUGAAUGACUAUGGCUGCUGGAUUAUGAAGAAAAGCAGAUUAAAGGCAGAUAACUGUUUGAAUAA